GUUGAUGUCAACGUUCAAGCAAUAAAUAUUCUACGGGGUUCAAAUGGCGGGUUAGUUAACUGUUUAGUUGACAAUGAUUCACAUGAAAUGGGCUGGCUGAAGGCAAAAAAACAAAGAAAAGGUCCCGAGAUCUGCGAUAAGCUGCAUGUGCAAUUGAUGUGAAGACGGCUGGCAUUUUUAUAACCCCCAGAAACGCAAACCUGAACAAGAAACUUAUGCAAAUAUCCUAAUCAAUAUACGUUCCUGAGGAGUAAAUACAGUCGAACUACCUCCUUCGCAAUGUGUACAGGAGCGAUCAGAUACCUGCUCCCUCUCCUCUCCAUCUUCGCCGUCUAUUCCAUUUUCAUAUUUGCGCAUCGGAAUGGCUUUAUUUCCAUGCUUCAGCAUGCCAUAGCUGAUGGUAUCCUCCCUGAAACAGACGAGCGGCUGAGAACAGAUAUCACUGGCGUCCAUGCGCUGGACCAACUGUUUGCCAAUCUAAUACCGUUUUUCUGGCCGGUGGUUGAUGGCGGCUCGCCCAGCGCAACUUUGUAUGGGUUGAAGUUCUCUGGUGCUAUCGGCAGCCUGUGGUCGUUGGUGCUGCUGGAAACGUUUCGGGCUGGGAAUAAGUCAUUUCUUGUUUUGUAUCCUGUGAUAAUUGGCGUCCUCCUGCAAUUAUUUACCUUCGGGGUCGUUUUGCCCAUCUACGCAGCGCUUCAUCUCUUUACAUCAAGGACUCUGUCAGCCCGCCAAACCAUCGACAUCCCAUCACACUCACUCACAGGUGUAAACCUCAUUCCCCUCAGCGUAAUCCUAGGCUACCUCCUGCCAUCUCUUGCCAUGGUCUUCCCCGAAACAACAACCACAAGUUUCCUGCCAUCAACCCAGGAGCGCAUCGCCUUCUGGCAACCCUGGCCCAUCUGGCUCUGGCUCAUCCACUCCACACUAACCAGCAUUACGGCCCUAUUCAGCUCUCCAGUCCCCAAUUUCCAAGGCGCCAAACAUACCCGCUCCGCACUCCGUCGUGUCUACGCCUUCGCCUUUACAAUCACUGCAGUCCCACAUAUCGCUGCCUGGUCCCUGUCCCUCGCCGCCGCCAUUUUCCCCAUCCUCUUCGACCAGGAUGUCGCAACUGCCCUGCACCCAGCGCGCGUGUUUCUGAACGCCAUGCCCUGGUCGGGCGUCCAGGCAAAAUCCUUUGGCGAAGGUGCGCUGUGGUUCCUGCAGUGGGACCAGGCAGUGGGAGUUGUCGGGAUGCUCCUCUGGGCUAUCGACCUGUAUGUGGCGGCGCACAGGGCCCGCAAGGUUAAUGUAGGAUGUAUCGGGCUGGCGGUUAAGGUGGGUUUGUUGUGCGCUGUGUCUGGAAUGGCAGGGGCUGUGGUGGAGUUAAUGUGGGAGAGGGACGAAGUCCUGCUUCAGGGAACUGGGCUGGAGAAGGUGCAGGGGGCUGAGAGUAAGACGAAAAGGAGGUAGAUGUUUUGUUUCAAGUCCUGGGCAGCUGAGUUGGAUUUUUUCGGUGAUUUUGUUCGGGCACUCUACUGUGUUGUUUUAUCACCCUCUUUCCUUAAUUUUUUUUAGUCUUGUCGGUAUGGUUUUGACGGACAUAUGGAUAUGCAGAAAUAUAGUGAGCAAGUCUAAGACAUGAUUUAGUGAAGUAUAUACAUGAGAUCGAUACUAGGAAAAUUGGAGUUUUUAGGAAGGUGAAAUAGUAAAUCCACGAGCGUAAACGGAAACAAAUUGUUAUACACUAUAUCUGUGCUACUUUUUUGGUUCCUCCUUCUUCUCUUCAGGCUGAGGGGUGGGCAAUUUGAACUGUUAUUGUG